AUGGCUAGUUUUAAGAACGUUGGACCUACACCUGUGGUCUAUCGGACAAACCGAUGUCCUGGAUGUGGUAAAUCUUUACGAAAAUGUGCAAUUUGUCUAAUGUCUAAUAGUAAUAAAACGUACACUUCUGAUCAAUAUUGUUGGUGUCAUCGAUGUAGACAUUUAUCACAUGCUGAUCAUUUGCAAGAAUGGAAAGAUAGAGGAAAUGAAGUUUGUCCAGUGACUGGAUGUGAAUGUAAUUGUUGGGAAGAUAAAUGA